ACCAUGCAGAUACCUAUGGAAGGUGUCUCAACUACAAAGAAGGAUUACAUAGCUCAUGAAGUGUUACCACGGCAGCCUAAACCACUUGAAAAGUAUGUCAAGACUGAUGAAUGCAUGGAUUUGACCUCCACUUAUAAACAAGAUUAUAACUGCUAUCCUGUCUCUGAAGUACUUCCACCAUGCCGCCCCUCUGUGAAAAGACACAUUCCCAGUGACAAAAUGAAUACGAGAACCACUUACAAAGAUGACUAUGUGCUAUGGAAUGGACUGAAGCCUGAGCCGAUCAGACCAAACGAUGAGUUUCACCCAUCAAAAGAAAAGAAUGACUACCGCACUGUUGUCCAGGAUGACUAUCUCUACAGGGGACCAGUUGCCACUCAAAGUUGCAAACCUCUGAUUAUGGUUCAGAAAAGCAAGGCUCCCUUUGAGAAUAUAACUAAUUAUAGGGUGAAUUAUGUGCCACAUCCUCUGGAGAAACGUUAUGUCCAUGAAAAUGAAAAAUACAAGGCCAGUGAGGUCCCAUUAGAUGGACUCACUACCCACAAAGCGUCUUACAAAGGGCUGGCUGGUCAGCCAGCCAAGCUUGCAAAACCAGACCAGCCAAAGAUUCUUCAUGAUCUUCCCUUUUCCUCUACAACUGAAUUUCAAGAAAAAUACCAGGCCUGGCCACAGCCUCCCGUGUUUACCAAAAGCCCUGAUGUGUAUCUUCCUCCUCUGGAGAAAAUGGACCUUCACACCACUACUCAGCUACAUUACAAGUACUCAAAUGGCAAGCCAGCCAAGAUGUGCAAAUCUUUGGCUCAGGUUAAAAAAAGUACUGAGCCAUUCAAUAGCUCUUCUGUAAUGAAGGAAGACUAUAAACCUUUGCUAUGCAAGAAACUAAACCCUAUUAUUCAUGCUCCAGAGCUGACUUUCCCAACACAGCCAAUGGAUUGUGUGACUACCUUUCAGACUGACUAUGUGCCUCAUCCUCUCACAGUUAUGAGGAGCUGUAAACCUGUCUGCUCAGACACAAAGCAUCACCCUCCACUAGACGCUAAAACAGUCUAUGCUACCACCUACACACCAAAAGGCAUUGUUAGAUGCUUGGCAACUUACAAAGACCCACCUGGUUAUGUCUUUGAGGGAGUUGAUGCCAAUGGUCACAAAGUCUAUCUCCCUGCUUCGAAGAGUAAGUGUCUGCAAGGUGAACACUGAAGCAAAAAAGAGUGGGUACAGCCUUCUU